CUCUAGAGUUGGGCAGUCUUUGUGAUUCAGUGACCGAAAAAAAAACCCAAGAGGAACAAAUACCUCUAUACGUGUAUCGUUAACAAGUGGUUGAGGAUUGUCAGCUGCACCCAUCGUCUGAACGCGUGAUUGGAUGGGGGGUCAUUAAGUUUUUUAUUUAAGUCUUAAGUCCAUGGUUAAAUAGAUGUGGAUAUCGUCUGAAAGUUUCAAAGGAGGUUCUAGGCACGGGAAUCCAUUAGUUUAAACACCGUUUGGAUUAUUCAAAACGAACGGGACAGCCAUUUCUAAAGCUGAAGAUCGGGCUGGGAAACCACCCGGAAAACCCGCCAUGGACGUCGACAUGUUUGAUAUCUAAAUUUUAAGGGAGUGUUGAUGUCUCCUGACAUGUUGGUUGGUAACUCAACUGUUGUGGAGGAAAGCGCCUGAAUGGAGCAUAUUGAAAAGGUGUCCAUGAAGCUAAAGCUUCAUACUAAAUCCUGACGAGCCCGGUCACUCAUUCAAAGAACAACCCAAAGGAGUCACUUCAAAGAGGACCCGAAGUCAAGGGAAGUAGAUGUCUUCAAGACAACAUUGGUGGCCCGUACCUGACCCACACAGUAAUCUAGUCUGUGAUGAACAAAACAUUCUAUUGAGGGAUGUCACUACCAGAUACCAGACUUAACCUCAAGGAAUUUGCUUUGUCUUCAUGAACACCAUUGGCCGGUGACCUCGAAACACAAAAACAGCAAAUUGAACAGUGAAGUUUGUUUACUUCAUGAUCGGUUAACAAAAAGACUAUCUUUGGAAUCAAUAUUAUCGUUACCAAAGUCACAAAAGAUUGAACUCAACCUCGCUAGAGGUCCAUUCAUGACGUCAUCAUGUUCAACCGUUGAUUAUAGAGGAAGGACAUUUGAAAAAAACUUCCAUUUUCAAGAAAUCGACCGCGAGGAAAUAACUCAUUUUUAUAACAGCAGAAACGAUUGGAAAGAUGAAGAGCAUUAUGUCAAGUGUUCUUUGUGUAGUGUUGCUGGUUAUUCUAAAGCAUGUGGAUGGACUGGUACUGACGGCAACCACAACGCAAAGUCACCCUAUGGAGGGUUACUCAACGGCGCUAACUUGCGAUGUCCAAGACAUGGGCGACUCGCAAAUCAUCAUCUGGAAUAAGGACCAGAAGUUCAUCACGUGGGGUGAUUCCAUGGGUCACAUGAUGUCGUCGCGAUUCGAACUUGUCAUGAACGACAGAGGGGACAAUGUGACCACUUACACCCUCAACAUUAAUGACGUCACUCGGGAUGACGAUGGCCGUUACCAGUGCCAGGUUCUACAGGGCAACGAUGACGGUUAUUCGGCUGUGGCAUCGGAGUCUCUGAUCCUCUCAGUACUGUACUUCCCGGCUAAUAUUUAUCCGCAGUGCUCUGUGUCAGGUCCCCUGACUCUUCUCACGGACUCGGAGCUUUCGGUGUCAUGCAUGUCAGAGGUCGGCAACCCACAGAUCAGUUCCGUUUGGACGACGGAGUUUUCCACCUUGCCGCAACCGGUUUACCGAAUGGACGAACUGCCCAACAUGGUUGUAGCUCAGCUUGAUCUGUACACAACAUCGGACCUCGACGGUGCCGUGUACGUAUGCCGAGUCAGUAGCCCUGCUUACCCCAACCUGAACCAAGACUGUACUCUCGGUCCUCUUCGGGUGAUAGAGCGGCCGAUUGUUUCCGUCACCCGAAGUAUCCCGAGUGUUGCCGAAGGAGCCGACAUCCAGUUUUCGUGCACCACGGAACCGAACAUGCCGAAUUUAAAGUGGGUGACCUACCCACGUAUCAGUGCGGAUAGACUGGUCCUGACGGAAAAUGGUUCCGUUCUGACAGUGAAAAACGUCCAAAUACAAGACAACUCGACCUACGUGGUCUGCCAGGUACCACACAAGAACAGUUUCGAAGAGGCCGGAAGUGUUAUUUUGCUCGACCGCUCUAGGAUUGUUUCCACCCUACCAACCCAUCCAACUUCUCAACUCUGUCUGCCAUGGUUCGGUGCCUUCAUCUUCACCGCUGUUGUCAAUGUCAUCCUAUGCAUCAUUAUCACCAGUCUUCUCAUCAAACUCAAAAGUUUUUCCUCCAAGCUGAAACACGGGGAAUCUAAUCGCCAAAUCGGCUCAAGUGGUGACACGAAAGACCGGAAGAAAAACUCCAGCAUGGUCCUGACCUGGCCGGCCACCUCAACCAACUGGGCCAUGACCUCAGAGAAACUGCUGCGAGAUCAGAGGCGCAAGUCAUGGAGAUCCUUCCCACAACCAUCCGACAGCGACUCGUCGAAAGGUGGGGCCACAACAUACACGCCACUCACUUCUUCUGCCUCAUUGUUGAAGGCACAGUCUCACCAUGCUAUAUCACUGCCCAUGCUGGAUAAACUUGAUAAAUCUUACGUCUCGCCCAAGUUGACUCGUACAUUGCAUGAGAGGAGCACAAAAACUGCAGAGCAAAGAGGGGUCCAGUCACCUGUUAAGUCAUCAAAUAAAAACCCCGUCAAGAAGCCAACUGGAGGGAAACAUCAAUCGUCUAAACCGAACGAGGCUCCCAAGAAGAGUGCAUUUAAAACAGUCAGUGCAUCAGUCCUCACACAACCUCCACACCAGGUUGGCACAACAGCGUACAUGGACCUCAAUGCCAAAGUACCAGAAUCCAGCUCUGGAAAAGUUACCUACCAACCCCUUCGAAAAACACCAAACUCCUCGCACACUGCUUCUAAAUCGGCCACGGGGAAGAAGUCCACCAAGUUAGGCAACGAUGAAAUGUCUGGUGAGAGUAGUACUUAUGCUGGGAGUAGCUCAUACAUGGGUUUCAACCAGGACGUCAAGUCUAUCCAGAAACAGGGAUCCACGAUGAAUGACAACCCAUCCUACAUGUUAACUGGCACCAUCCAAAGCAAAGACAGCAGGGCACAGAUUAGCAAGUACCGACCGGGGACGGCGACGAGCAAAAGCGGCAGUGACGCCUAUGAAAGCACCCCACCCGGAUCGCCCGUGUAUUCAAAGGGCAUAACCGACAAUGAUAUGGGAGAUGCGGUCUAUCAGAAAUCUCUCAGAACUGUGACAGGGGGAAGAAAAACCAAACAGGGGUCUUCGAGGGCAACUGUGUCUUCAAGAGCGCCUCUACCGGACCCACGAGCUCCCAGGCCCGCUAAGAGAGAAGACAGUACUUCCACUGACGAAUCCUACAAGGUUCCGUACUUUUCUGGGAAGCAGCAGCAGGCCAACCCGGAUUAUUUCACCCUGGAGCCCGACAGCCAGUACACCAACUACGGCGCUGACAUCAGUUCCGAGUGCGACUCAUACCAGGGUGGAGAGGCAUUUGACUGGGACGAAACAGCGGCUACGGGAAGCAAAGUCGGCCGAAAGUCACCAACCGCAUCCCAAGCAUCCUACAUGGAACUCGAGGAUGUCGAAGGGGAAGUCAAGGGCUACAUGAUCAUGAAGAAGGCAGGGCCAACCCAACUCAAGACGCCGUCAAAGUUCGCAAAGACAACGCAAAAGAUUUCGGACACAGACUCGUCGGGCGGCGAGUAUUACGAGCAGAUGGAAGAGAAGAAAAGGCACGAGUACGCGAUACCACCGUCCAACCAAUUAGCGUCCGUUACCAAGGGAGCCGAUACCGGUGAGACUGUUGCUACGAAGCAAGAUAGGUCAAAGAAACAGUCUGGUUCAUCAGAAGAGCAGAACAAGAAGAAAAAAGGUGGCUGGGGUAUAUUUAGAAAAUGAAUUCGUAAACAGCAUGCUCUUCAGUGAUGUUUGAAGCUUUGCAUGAUGUGAAGGAUAAGAAUGAACGGUAAAUUUGUUGUAGUGAAUUUGCGGGUACAACAAUGUGUUCUCUUUUGAGGAAGUGUUGGCUCCUAUUGCUUUUCGCUGAUGGGACAUGCUGGGGACAAGCGAACUGUUGGUUUCUCUUGAAGACGAUCAGAGUAUACUCUCCGAAACGUCGAACCGAACCGGCACUUUUCAGAGCCAACACUCCCACACAAAAUAAUGUUUACACGUACAUGGUUGUACCCCGAGUUUACCAUCAUUUAUAAUUUAUUCUUAGCAUGCCAUUCCCUAAUGUUUUUGGGAUUUGUUGUUUCAUGAUUUCGAUUUGUUUGCAUGGGAACACAGUGUGAAACUAUUGCUCUCUGCCAGUUAAUUUUGAUGUUUUUGUUUUGUUUUUUUUCUUCAACGAAACGCUGAACAAUAUUUUCAGCAUGGGUUUAAUAAAUCAGCUAGCCUAAUUGCAAAAAUCCCGUCCGCACCAUCCCAACUCGCUGGUUUUCUCCUUGGCAAUUAAUUUGUAGAUUCGGAAAGAUAUAAUGAGAAUUUAGAAAUCUUGUAAAGCACUGUAUAGUUUGAAAACUUUUAGUGUACCUUUUUUAAUUGGUGUUUGGUAUUAAUAUGAAGUGCCUUUUUACGCAGAAUUUUAAAACGCAUGCUUUUUGUGUCGUUUUUAAACACUUGAAGAAAUAAUUAUGUUUAAGAUAUAGCAAACUGUACUUUUUUCUUUUCUUUUUAUAUAUAUGAUAUUUUUGUUACUAUAAUAAUAUGUACAUUUUUGCAGCAAUUUUACCAUGGUUAUAAUAUACUGGUUUUAAACAGCAAUGUGUAUUUUUUAGUCUCAACUUCUUUUCAGUUUGGUAUUAUUCAAGUCAUUUUUGGUAAAGCGUGUAAUGUUUUUUGGGAAAAAACUUAAAGAUGCUAUAUCAGAUUUUUGGCCGAGUUGACCCAAAAAUGUUGAUUUAAAAUUCAAUAGAUAUUUUAAUGGGGGUCGAGGAAGCUACAAGCUUUAUUAGUUUUUGUCGGGAUCCCGACACUAAUCACGUGACAAAUUCUUAUGUGUUUAUUAGAAACGUUUUAAAU